UAAUGAUGGAUAUGAAUUAAUCGCAGCGAUGAAAUAUGUAUGUAAAAAAUAUAUUUGAAUAAUAUUCUCAAUUUAAAAACUUAUGAAAAAUGAAUUGGAGAGGCACCAAAGAGUAAUUAUUUGGCAGAUGUGGAAGUGAAUGAAAGGAUUGAGUGCAGUGUUACCUUGCAAAUCUUGAAGUAAAAAAGUAUAAAUUUUGAGCUAACUUGCCGAGAUAUUUAUAGUUUGAGCACAGCUGCAAUGGACGAGUUGAUAUCAUCAAUAGGAAGAGAAUGCGCUCAAAUAGCAAUUGAUAUGCUCAGCGAGGAUUGCAAUCCCAUUAGGCGGGCCUUAUCAGCAAUGCACCAACAUUAUCAGCGUCUACAAUUCAAUCACUUAACAUUUGUUUGACAAUAAUAUACAAUUACAAACAUUCUAUCACGCCAGCUUCGUAUUAAUUGAUUUGCGAUAUGAAAAUUUGCUAGAGGGAAGUAAUUGCUACACGGGAUGUUCGAACGGUUCAUUGGGUUACUUUAAGAAUGGAACUGUUAAUUAAAAGAAAAACAAUAUAUCGAAC